UAAAGGGCUCACACUAAAAGCAUCUCAUCUAUUUCUCUUAUAAUAUGGCUUCUUCAUCUCUUCACAUAGCAGAUGCAUACUGUGCCAUAGUUAUUUUGGCCCUUUUGUUAUUAGGUUCAAUCGGAGACAGCUCUCUCACAGAUUUUGAAUUAGAGGUCGACGUUGGAAGAAACCAGCUCAAAGACAGGCCAUGCGAGGAAAUAUAUGUUGUCCGAGAAGGAGAAACUCUUCACAGCAUCAGUGACAAGUGCGGGGACCCCUUCAUCGUUGAGCAGAAUCCUCAUAUACAUGACCCAGAUGAUGUUUUUCCUGGACUUGUAAUCAAAAUUACUCCUAAACCUACCAAGGUAUAGAUGGGGGAGACACAAUACAAAAAAUCAUAGCUUGUUUUCUAUUGUCAAACAUCAUAGGAUGAUGUAGGAAUAUAUCAUGAUGUAUAAUGAAUUCAUGAUUCUGAUAUACAGAACAAUUUUAUAAGUCUUCCUAGAACAAAUAUAUAUGUCUUUUGCUUUA